GGACGGCCGCCCGCCGUGACUCAGUGUCACCCGACGCCGCCGACAGCUGCGCGGCCCCGACGGGGCGGGGGCGGCUAAAAUUAGAGCUGCGGGGCCGGAACGGGGCAGUGCGGGACAGGAGCGGUACCGGAGAGGUACCGGGACCGCGGCGAUGAAUUUCGCGGUGGGGCUGAAGCCGCUGCUGGCGGAAGCGCGCAGCAUGGAGAGCCUGGAGAAGCAGCUCAUCUGUCCCAUCUGCCUGGAGAUGUUCACCAAGCCCGUGGUCAUCCUGCCCUGCCAGCACAACCUCUGCCGCAAGUGUGCCAACGACGUCUUCCAGGCCUCCAACCCGCUGUGGCAGUCGCGGGGUUCCGGCGCAGGGCCGUCCGGGGGACGGUUCCGGUGCCCGUCGUGCCGCCACGAGGUGGUGCUGGACCGGCACGGGGUGUACGGGCUGCAGCGGAACCUGCUGGUGGAGAACAUCAUCGACAUCUACAAACAGGAGUCCGCGCGCCCCCUGCACGCGAAGGCGGAGCAACAUCUGAUGUGCGAGGAGCAUGAGGACGAGCGCAUCAACAUCUACUGCCUGCGCUGCGAGGCGCCCACCUGCUCGCUCUGCAAGGUGUUCGGCGCUCACAAGGACUGCGAGGUCGCCCCUCUGCCCGCCGUGUACCAGCGCCAGAAGGUGGGAUACCCCCAGGGGUUGGGGGGGUGGGCACGGUGGGGAGGUUUCCCGGCGCGAUCCCAACGCUGCUCCGCCCCCCAGAGCGAGCUGAGCGACGGCAUCGCCAUGCUGGUGGCGGGGAACGACCGCAUCCAGGCCAUCAUCACGCAGAUGGAGGAGAUCUGCCGCACCAUCGAGGAGAACGGCCGCCGGCAGAAGCAACACGUGGGGCUGCGCUUCGACUCGCUCUGCAGCAUCUUGGAGGAGCGCAAGAAGGAGCUGCUGCAGAGCGUCACCCGCGAGCAGGAGACGAAGGUGCAACGCGUGCGCGGCCUCAUCCGGCAGUAUGGGGACCACCUGGAGGCCUCCUCCAAGCUGGUGGAGACGGCCAUCCAGGCCAUGGAGGAGCCCCAGAUGGCCGUGUACCUGCAGCACUCCAAGGAGCUCCUGAAGAAGAUCACAGACAUGUCCAAGGUGUCGAUGAGCAGCCGCCCUGAGCCCGGUUAUGAGAGCAUGGACCACUUCUCCAUCAAUGUGGACCAUGUGGCCGAGAUGCUGCGCACCAUUGACUUCCAGCCAGAAGUGCUGGGUGAGGAUGAUGGGGACGGACCCACAGACAGCAGUGAGGGUGUGGGGGAUGAGGAAAACCUGGAGGCACCUGAGGCUGCUGAGGAUGUGGGGCAAAGGCAGAAGCCACUGAGCUCUCCCCAUGGUCAGCACUGAGCUGGAUUCACAGCACAACAUUGGCAUCAGCAAACCCUACAGCCCUACGACUGCUACGAGCCCCACAUGGUGGGGCUGCCGUCAGCCCUCAUUAAACCAAUGCAGAGGACA